UUUCAUAACAAUGAAUAUUUGAUUCGUCAUCCAUCUAAAUUUUCUGUGAAUAUUUUUGCAAAAAAUAGUGUCAAAUUUUAUUUUUUUUGUUCCUACUUUCGUUCAAAAAAAUUAAUAUUUGAUUACUCAACAAAAAUCGAUACAAGAAGAAAAAAGUAUCAAAUAUGGGGGACGCCGGGCCAGCAAAUUUAGUAUGUAAUAUAAUCCUUGCCUGUGGAUCAGUAUACGCAAUGGAAGAUUCAAGAAAUGGAUGGGCUUGGCGAGAUUGGCGAUGGGUACAUCUUGGCUAUGGUUCUAUGUUGGUAAAUGCUGGACUUGGGAUCUGGAAUUAUUUUGCACCUGGUAUCGAUGAUGCAGUCAAACUAAGUCAUGGUUUCCGAGAUCAAUUGUUUAUAGGAGCCUAUAACUGCGACUUGUAUGGUGCUGUUAGCCCAGGAUGGAUUCGAUAUUUACAUUUAAUACCAGUAAUCAUUCCAUUAAUGGAUAACGAACCGCUUGCGGCUGCAGGCAUGGUCUUUAACUUGAUAUCAAAUUAUUAUUUUACAUUUACUCGACCUACAAAUACACGCUACGCUGCAGCUGUUCUUGCCACAAUUACAGUUAUAAUGCAUUUCGGAAAACUUCCACUUGACGAAUCAAUACUCGCAAAGGAUGAUGUGGAAAAUAUUUUAAUGGCAAUUUUUGCAAUCGUUUCAGCACGUGCAGUUCGGUAUUAAUUUUUUCCAAAUAUCGUGGAUGAAUAUCGAGUACGAUCAGAUUUAUCGAAAUCCAAUCUGGAAUUGGGUAACUAGUUAACAGUCUAUUUGAUACGUUGAUGUUCUUGUAUCAAUUUUUAUAGAAAUAUUAACAUAUCAAGAAUCC